UAAAAAAAAAAAUUUAUGCGUACACAACCUAUCCCUAACGUUAUCAUCUUUUAGAGAGAGACGAGAGAGAAAGUAGUUAUGCGUACACAACCUAUCCCUAGCGUUAUCAAGAGUGACAGAAGGAGGUCUAAGAGAUUCUCGGAAAUUCAAAAAUUGAGGGAAAACAAGAAAGUGUAUGACUUAAAAACAGAAAUAUCAUUGCUCAAGCAAAUGGCAAGCACAAAGUUUGUCGAAAAAGCUGAAGCUCAUUUCCGUCUCAACAUUGACCCAAAAUACAAUGAUCAACAGCUGAGGGCAACAGUGAAUUUACCCAAGGGAACUGGACAGACGGUUAGACUGUCCGUUCUCACUCAAGGAAUCGCCAAAUUUCGGGACGAAAUUUCCUUAAGGGGGGCAGAUUGUAACGUUCUGUUAUGGGAGACCGCUCGAGCAAUUGAGUGGUCACUCGAGCGGUGAUAUGAGGCUCCAAGUAUCUUUCUUGCCUGUUUAUAGGCGAGACCGCUCGAGCAGUCAAGUCUUCACUCCACUGUAGAUGUGAGGCUCCCAGUAUUUUCACUAUAGACUUGCAAAACAUCUAGGACAUUGUAUUUACCGCUAGAGCAGUGAAGUGUUUCGUUGGAGCAGUAUGUUUCAAAUCUCUCCAUCACUCCCUUUCCUGCAAUCUUCAUAGA